GCUUUCUGUUUUAUGACGGCCACGCACGCUGCGUUCGACAGUCUUCAUUUCCACUUUGUAAAACAAAAACAAAGAAACACUGAUCGAUGCUCACCCAAGUGCACAGACUGCUGAACUAAACUGAAGAUGCCAACGCAAAGCGUACUUGUCCGAGAUUCCUCUUUUCUGAGGAGGGUACUACAGCAGUACCUGAGUUUGUUAAAGAAAUAUCCAGUCAUCACCAAAUCGGUUACGAGUGGUUUUCUAUCUGCUGUGGGAAAUCUUCUAUCUCAAGCUUUGGAGUACAGGAAGAACAGCAAAGAAAAUAGCCCGAAAAAGAAAAUCAGUUUUCUGGGACCUUUACACUAUGCAAUAUUUGGACUUUUUAUCACUGGUCCAGUCAGUCAUUACAUUUACCAGCUCUUGGAGGUGCUGUUGCCAACCACUGUCCCAUACUGCCUGAUCAAGCGCCUUCUGCUGGAACGUCUAAUAUUCGCCCCUGCUUUCCUCUUGCUCUUUUACGUGGUUAUGAAUGCUUUGGAGGGCAAGACACUCACAGAUGUUCAAAACAAACUUAAAACAAGUUACUGGCCUGCAAUGAAGAUGAACUGGAAAGUUUGGACCCCAUUUCAGUUCAUCAAUAUCAACUAUGUACCUGUACAGUUUCGAGUGCUGUUUGCCAAUCUGGUUGCUUUAUUCUGGUAUGCCUACCUAGCCUCUGUGAGAAAAUGAAUCCUCAAAACCAGCUACAGUGCACAUAGGUUGGUUUGGAUUGGUUAAAUACAGUUUGUGUUUUUAAAGGACUGCUGCGCAUUAGAUAGGCCCUAUGUUUCAAAUGUCUUCCUGGACAACUGACAGGAAAUAUGGUCAGUUUCUAUAAAAUAACUGAUUUGGGUCAGUGAUGAGAUAUUCUGAAUGUCUAUGGAGGCACUGACAAUGAUGUCAGGAUUUUGAUUGUUGUAUUUGAUUGAUUUAAAAACACUGAUUACAAAGACAAACUAAUUUUUAGCAGUUUCUAAUACUUCUGCUAUUAUCUUCACUCUUUAACUGAGUUGAUCUACAUUAAUAGCAGUGGUCUUGCUAAUACAUUUGGUAUACUUGUAUAGCCCUGGCAAAUGCAGACAAUGUUGUUGUUUUUUAUGACAUUUGGUUUAAAUGAAUUACCAGCACACCAAUAAAAUGUAUUGUAAUUCAAUGUUAUGAUUUAAAGGCUCAAUACUGGAUGACUGUAUUUUAAAAAAGGUUAUAUUGUUGUAUUUAAAAAUGUGAAAGCAUAUUUACACAGCAUUUAUAGCAGCUGUAACAUUAACAAACAAUAUAUUAUUUCUUUUUUUUUUCUUAAUUAUAAAAAGAAGUUGCGUCUUUCACAAACACUCAUAAUCAGUUCACAGUAAUGAUUGUUUUGAAACUCAUGCCCACACUGAGUUUCCUUUUCAGGGAUUGUUCAGCAACUUUCUGUUUCCAUACUUCAGAAAAGCAUGUGAGCAUAACAGGCCAUAAACAUGACGUGUAAGUUACAAACAUCUAGGUGUGUACGGAGCUUUGCAUAACAUCCAAAGUACACACACAAAUAAAGCUUCUAAAUGGGAUUUUUCACAGUGAUGCUAUUAAAGAACCAUACUGGUUCCCCAAAGAACCUUUCUGUGAACGGAUCAUAAAAGGUUUAUUUUUUAAUAAUGCUGAAUCAUGUUGACUUUAGAUUUGUUUGUUUCCAACAAUAAAUCCAUAACAUUG